CAGCCUAAUGCAUGUUGCACAUUUCGUGUUCUCCAAGGACGACGGCCCGACCAACCUAAAUGAGCGGUCCUCCUGCAUUCAGAUGCACUGUGCUCGGAUGCACCAACGGGCGGUCGCAACGACUUCAAAAUAAAUUUAUUACCAAUCUGUUUAAUAUUUUUAUUUCCGUUUUACUUGUUUUACUUUUUUAAUUUCGAAAAUAAUUUUUAUUUUUACCAAUUUUUUAAUUUACUAUUCAUUUUUUUGUUUAUUAUUAUUAUCGUUAUUAUUAUUUCUCGGCAGUGUGCGUUUGUUUGUGCUCGUGUAAUUAUAUAUUAGUUCUAAGUAAAUAAUUAAUUAUUUUCGUUUUUUCAUAAAUGUAUUAAACUCGUGUUUCACGACCGUAUUCGUGCUACAACCAGCAAACGAUUAUUAUUUGGACACCGAAUUAUCCUCAAACUCAAUUUUUUGUUCGUCGCCUCACACUUGGCGGCCCAGAGAGUUCAGGCACGGGUUGGAAAGGAUCGCUGAAGAGUUAAUGGGAAGAAGAAAAUGGCACCAGUAUCAAGACAUUUUGGCGAAAAAUUAUUUACUGGAAGAGGAAUUGAUGGACCGGAGAGAAUGGGUUCCCGUCAAAACGUGUAACUCGUGUGAUGUGAACACAGACCUAAGCGUAGCGGAUCACUCACCUUCAGAACUGGAGCCAUCGUCUGAAACGGGAAGCUUGAGCGGCGGCAGUCGCAGCGCAGAGAGUCCGGAACCGGAACCGGGCAGGCGGUCGUCUUCCACACCGCCCCCGGCGGCAUCAGAGCCGUGUCGCGCCGAUGACCGGUCGCCGCCACCACCACCACUGCUGUUGCUGCCCAACCCCACGGCCGCCGCCGCCGCCGCAAUGGCCGCGGUCGCGUCUCUGAACAACUCGUCGUCGUCAUCGUCCACGGCGACGAUGACACCGGCGGGCGGGCCACCGUCGCCCAGCGCGCUGGAAUCCGCGGCCGCCGGCCUGCCGAAAUGGCUGUUGGCCGCCGCCACGCUGAGACUGCAAGAGACGACAGCCGCCGCGGCAGCAGCAGCAGCCGCAGCCGCGGCCGCGACCACGGCGGCCACUAACAGCAGGUCGCCACCCGCCCACCGUCACCAUCAACAGCAACAACAACACCAGUCGCUCGAUCAACCGCUCGAUCUCAGCGCCAAGAGCAACAAUAACAACAACAGCGUCAGCGGUCCGGGCGGCAACGCUUCGUCGUCGCCCGCGUCGUCCACGCCGUCGUGCCCAAGCCUGUCGUCUACGCCGUCGUCGUCCGAGCUGAAAAACGUGCCCGCCACCGACGCCGCCGACGUCACCAUUCACCAGUUCACGUCAGAUCUCAUCGCCACAGACAUGGUUAACCGGCUGCGUGACCUGUUACCGGGCCCGUCCUCGUCCACGUUCCUACCGCACCAACCGCUCAAUGUGCCCAUACUCACCAACAACAACCGAAACAUAUUCAAGCCCAAGAUGGUGAAACAGCCUAGUCACAUGGCCGGCCGGAAGACUUACACGGAGGAUGAGCUGCAAAAGGCGCUUCGAGACAUCCAGAGUGGCAAGUUGGGCACGAGACGUGCGGCCGUCAUAUACGGCAUACCCAGGUCAACGUUGCGGAACAAGGUGUACAAGUUGGCGCACGAACGGGACAGCAGUGGUGGCAGCGGUGUAGGAGUGGGUGUUAUCAGGGAUCCGUCGACGGGCGGAGACGACCCGUCCAAUGGACCGGUCACCGGGCUGUUGCCGUUAAGGAUGCCGUUUGAGGAUGACGACGACGAAGACAAGGACACGGUGUCCAUGGGCGAGGAUGAGUGCACAGGCAGAGAGUCGGCGGCGGCUGCAGCAGCUGCAGCAGCGGCAGCGGCGGCAUUGGCGGCGGACAGCAAGGACCGCCAUCACGUGCCACAGCCGCACCAUCAACAACCACCGCAACACCGCGGCCAGCAGCCCAGGACAGCGUCGCCGUACAUGACCGUCGAAGACUUGUUGCGGAUCACGGCGGAACAACAGCAACAAGCGGCCGCGGCCAUGCCCAACGCCGAAACGCUCAGACUAUUCCUGCAACACUACGCCAACAACAAACUGCUCCAAAACAGAACAGAACCGCAUUACCGCGGCCGUGACGUAUCGAUGGCGGACGGCCGAUCGCCAUCACCACCAUCCACCACCCCUACCGCCACCAGGUUUCCGCUACCCAUGACAGCUGACCUGUGGCCGGCGGCUGCUGCCGCCGCGGCCGCGGCUGCUGCCUUAGACCCUCAACACAUGGGAACAUAUCUAUCGCAGUUACUGUCUUCGUCUGUGGCGGCAGUGUCACCUUCGGCCGGACUAGGGUCACCGCGUUUGUUGCCGUCACAUGACAGUUCACCGCCACCACCACCGCCGCCACAGCAGCAGCAGCAGCAGCAGAUGUCUGCGGCCCACCACCAGCAUGAAUACCUCAAAGAUUUCACCGUCAAGGACUUGAUGCGCAAAAUACUGGACGAAGAGCAACAGCAGCAGCUUCAGCAGUUGCAGCAUCAGUACGGAAAAAAUUUGGCAGACCCGAGGCGGUGGUCGUCCAACGGCUGCAAUUCAUCUGAACCGAUGGACACAGUCCGCAGCAACGAUGACGACUCGAACCCAUCCAACGUCAUCCUGAGAAUACCAUCGUACAAGCCAGUUCCCGGUGGCAAGGGUAGCGAUUACGAGUUGAUGUCGUGCAACAGGGACAUUCGAUCACCGGGAAGGGCCAACAGCGUUCGGAGUGACACGUCGUCACCACCGUCGUCAUCCGGUGGUGGUGUUGGCGGCAAGCAUCCAGUCAACCUGAAAGACGUGAUCGCCAAGAGCAUCACACAAAGGUUCCAGUCGGAUCCCCCACUUCCACCGCCCAUACCAGCCGUCGAGUCGUUUGCUCGGGCCUACCAACAGUACCAGCAGCAACACCACCAUAACCAACAACAACAGCACCACCAUCACCAUCUACAGCAACAGCAGCAUGGCAUACCCACCUCGUUCGGUACUGGCAACCCCAUCAUCAGGAACCACAACAACAACAAUUUGCAGCAGGACGACUGCCGGAAACGGGUACCGACACCCACCAAUAAAACAUCGUCGGUCGUAACACCAUCGUCCACCGGCGCUGGGUUCCACACUGGUGGUUCGUCAUCAUCAUCAUCCAACUCGGCUUCAGCUGCAGCAGCGGCUGCUGCAGCUGCGGCUGCGGCGGCUGCUGGCGGUAAGGGCACCAGGCCCAAGCGCGGUAAGUACCGAAACUACGACAGGGACAGCCUGGUGGAAGCCGUGCGAGCGGUGCAACGGGGAGAAAUGAGCGUACACCGGGCCGGUUCUUAUUACGGCGUGCCGCACUCUACGCUAGAGUACAAAGUUAAAGAAAGACAUCUAAUGCGACCCAGGAAGCGUGAGCCCAAGAACCCUCCAUCUUCGUCCUCUGUGUCCGCUGCGGUUUCCGUCGAUCAUCACGCGGACCGAAAAAAGUCGUCGUCCGACCUGUCGUCUACGUCUUCGGUCGUUCGGCCAGCUGAAAAGAUGACUACCACCUCGUCAUCCUCAUCUUCGGCCACGCCACCGGCCAUCAAACUCCCCGCACACGUCCAGUUUCCGGCUCAACAACAACUGUCGCCACUCCAGACGCCCAAUGGGCUCAAAAUGUUCGAUGCCACGGGUUCGGUGGGCGCGUAUCAGCCGUCGUUCCCGUUCUGGGCCCCCAGCCCGUUCCAUGUGCCCAUGGAUUUCCAGCGGAAUCCGGCGUUCACACCAAUGUCGAUGAUGCAACGGAUCCAGGCCGAGUCACGGCUACAACACCAUCAGGCCGCGGCUGCUGCUGCCGCAUCCAUCGCCAGCCUCGGCAAGAACGCUCGUGAGGUUGCCGAAAACCUGUACGAUGGAACGGAUAAUGGCAGCUUCUUGGAUGGUAUCAUCAGGUCCAGCUUGGAGACAGGCCUCAAAUCGGCGGCUGCUAUGGCGGCCGUCCAAGCGGCGGCCAAGAACGCCGUUAAGGGAGGAGGUGGAGAAGGCAGCGGUGGAGACGAUGACUGCAGUCCGGACCGUUCGCCACGAGUAGCCGGUGCUGAAAACGACGGUGACCACCACAUGGAAGACUUAGCGGCCACCCCGCCGUCAUGCCAGGACUCGGCCGCGGACAGCGAUGACGAGAAGCCACGACCUGAGUCACCGGACGGACAGGAACAUCGCCACCAGCAGCACGACGAUUCAGAACACGAAACAAACGCUGGUCGAGCGUCCACCGCUUCUCCCGAACAUGCGACUGAAACGGAAAACGACGACGAUGACAACGCCGACGCGGUCAUCUGAGGUAAAACCGUUGGUAUACAUAAUAUAUUAAUGAUAGGUGUAAAAAACUUACUUUAAAAAAAAAAUAAUAAAAAAUUGGGAACAAAUCGAAUAAGUAUUUCGUAUAAACGUCUUAUUCGACGAUUCGUGUGUGUAAAUACAUGUAAUAAUAAUAUAUAUAUAAUAUUAUGGCGGAGUAAAGAACUCUGUGGAUGCCGACUAAGGAAAGUUUAAUAUUAUUACUAUAUAAUAGAAUAUGUGGUGUGAGUUUGUUUUGUUUCGGUAACGAUUUCGAUUGAGGAUGGAAAAUGGAAAUGAUAAAAAAAAAUAUAAUCGGUUAGUGCAAUUUUAACGUAGUUUUUGUUAAAAAUUGAAAUAAUAAUACUUUUAUGUAUAAAUUACCAAACUGCUGACGGUAAUGAAAACCACCAAGAAUAUUGUUAUUUCGCGGCGUCUUUGUGAUAAAAAAAAAUUUGUUUAUAUUCGUUUACGUUGUGUUUUUCUUUUGUAAUUUAAAAUCAAAAAAAUCUUGCGUUUUUUUAUAUGAAAUUUUAUUGCACUACCAUGUUUUAAAUCUGCGAAUAUUUUUGGUUGUAAACGUCCCAUAUUUUGUACAGUGUAAAAAAUUGUAAUAAUUUAUUUUAUUAUUAAAAUAUAUAUUAUAAAUCAUUAUUAUUUGUAGGUAUAUACUCGUAUAUAAUACGUAAUAUUGUAUUGUAUUGAUUAAUAUCACGGUCUUACGUAUGCCUAUGUAUAUUAUAUCAUAAUAUAUGAUAUUUAAUCUAAAAUUAACAUGGUAAUCGAUACAUCAGACCAGAGGGAUGUAUAUAUCUUAUUAUAUAAUACGAUACACAAUAUAUGUAUAAGAAAACCGCAUGAAAAUGUUUGUGCCAUAAAAAUAUUGAUAGUAUAUAUUGUAUAACACAAUAUUGUAAUAUGUGUACUGAGAUAUUUCAUUGGUCGAGCCCUUGGCGCUAACCGGAUGUUUAUAAUUGACUAUAUUUUCUAAUCGCGUGUUCCGUAUGAACAAACAUUUAAUUUAUUAAGUUUUUUCGUUUUAUAUACGUAAGGACGUUGUUUUUUUUUUAUCACUUCUAUAUUUGUAUGUAUAUAUAAAAAAAUUGAAUAAUUUUUAAGACUAUUAUUUUGUAUUAUUGUUCCUUUUAAACGUGUCGAGGAAAACGAUGAUUAUAUAAACUUAAAGAGCAAAUAUUAAAAAAAAAUGUAUAUAUAUUAUUUUAGUGUUCGAUUUAAAAUAAUAUUAUUAUCACGUGAAAGUCUGUAAUUUUUUUCUCGAUUUUUAAUAUAUAUUUUUUUUUUAAACUCUAAUCAUAUCAUUACGACAUUAGGUAGUUGUUUUUUUUUUAUAUAAUAUAUAUAUAGAGAGGAAGGUUGUGCUUUGAUUAUAUUAUGUACUCAUUCGGCCGCAAUCAAACCUGUGUGUAAGGAGAAUGAUAAAAUCGAUUUACAUUCCAUACAAUGCGAUAAUAUAUUACAUAUAUAUAACUGCUGAACUCAAAUUUUAUCUCCAGUUUUUCGUGACAUUUUUUUUAAAGCCCAAAGACAGCAAAGCAUUCCAAAAUAAAACGUUUUUUUUAAAAUAUACUUACGUUUAUAAUAUAACGAGUAUCGUGUUCAUUUGCAUUUGUAAUUUUCCGGGGGGAAGUGGGAUAUAUAAUAUGACAGAGCGUUACAGAACUUAUGGAUUUAAUGUUGUAUAUUGUUAUUGAUAUUAAUGUGUAAUCAAAUAAUUUGUGUUCAUUGAAAAAAAAA